CUCGAUAAAGGAUGCUGGACCCCAAGGACUGUGGAGUGACAAUGACGUCCAGCCAUAAGAUUUCCUUUUCUAUAAUUGAUAUAUUGGAUCCGAAGAAAUUCAACAGCAAAAGGGUAAAUGAACUUUCAAUCAUCGCGGAGAAGUUUCCUGUGCCAAAUGCAGAGGGAACAAGUCUGGACUCGGACAGCACUGCAGGCGGAGACUUCAGAGUUGAGCGCACGGAAUCAGGAGAGGAGACAGGAGAUGAACCCUCCUCAGCCUCCAGGCAUCACACAGUUGAUACAGACCCCCUUCUGCUCUCCCCUCUGGCUGAAACAGAGCCCUGUCUCACAGGAGAGCAGGACGAUGGAGAGUCAGAGUCCCUGCAGGACCCAUCACCGCACAAGCGGCGGCGCCCAGAGCAGGCCUGUGCCAAACCACGGCGUGCCAGAACAGCAUUCACUUACGAGCAACUGGUAGCUCUGGAAAACAAGUUCCGCACAACUCGGUACCUGUCCGUGUGCGAGAGACUAAACCUGGCCCUGUCCUUGAGUCUGACCGAAACCCAGGUGAAAAUUUGGUUCCAAAACAGGAGGACCAAAUGGAAAAAGCAGAACCCCGGGGCGGACAGCACCUUGCAGCCCGGCUCCAACUCCCUGGUCAAUGUCAGUCCAAACCCGCCCACGUGUGGGUCAAGCCCCGCCAGCUUCCACCAAACUUUCCCCAACUUCACCUCUGGGAAUGUGAUCUUCCACACAGCCGGUGCUGUUCCGCUUUCAUCCACUGGAGGGCUCUUGCAUCCCUUCAUGUCCAGCGGUUUCGUCCAGCCGACUUAUUUUAAUCCACAUCUAUGAAAGAAGCCAAGACUGAUAUGACAAAUCUUUACGGGAACAAAAAAGCAACUGAACAUUAAGCCUACUGCCCAGAAUCAUUGUAACUGUUGCAUUGAUGCCAUAUCAUGUUCUACCAACUGACGGAUAAAGGAGGCCCCUGUCAGUUACCAUUACCAUUUUCCCUACUGGGGUACCUUUAAAGAAGUUGAAAGCUUCCUUAUAAACCUCCCAAUAAGCUGUUGACUGUCUUUAAUCUUUUGUCAUAGACUUUUUCCAAAACUUGAAUAUCAUAACAAAAGGCCAAAUAAGUGAUCUGUGACUGAGCCAAACAAUUAUUUAAACAUUAGUGCUCCUUAAUAGCUCUGUUUAAAGACUGCACCACUAUGCACUGAUUGUCUGUCCUUGUGUUUGCUGAAACACCUGCUCACACUGUGUAUUUGACAGCUCAUACAGUAUCAUUUUCUGCAUCUCUGUAUUGUCUUUGUGUCAAAUUGUGGCAUAUUGC